UUUAUUUUUUCCAUUUUUAAUUUAACCUAAUGCACUAAUAUAAAUAGGACUAUUUUGAGGAGGCCAACUCACGAACAAGAUAUACUUCUCACAGAUUUUCACGUUUUGACUCUGUAGAAUACAAACCCACAGAACCUCUCACUUGUAUAUAUUCUCCAUCCAAAGUCAUUCUUUUUUUUCCUGUUAGCACUAUGCACCAUAUAGUAGCCAAACUCCAUAACCUGUAAAUCACCAAUUAACCACUCACAAAUUCAACUCUCCCAAAUGAUUCUCAUGAACACGGGAACAAAACCGAAUCGUCAGCGAUAACGAAAUCGGUAGGGGCUGAACAAACAAACUCCAGCCCUCCCCUAAAAGAACUGCUCCGUCACCGACGAGAUCAUGGCUGCGCACGAAUCCGCUGUACCCACCAGGGUUACUCUUCAAAUAACUUUCGACUACGCGCCCGAUCAAGACUCAAAGCUAAGUAUUUAAUUUAUCUUAAAGUCUAUUUUAUUUCCUUUUGAUUUUAGGGUUUGCCCUUAUAUUUUUCGAACUGUGCAUACACUCACUCCUUUCUAUGCCUUACCUUUUUGCCUUUUCAGGGUUAGUCUCAAGGCAUCCUCCGUCCGCCAACCAUGUCAGAUCAAAUUCAAAAUGCAAAAGCUAAGUACCUUUUGAUUUAUUUAUUCUUAAUUUCUUUAUCUCUUAUUUUUUUAUUAGGGUUAGCAAUGUUCGCCUCCGAACCGAUAAUGCACUCACCCCUCUGUUUAUUCUUUCUUUUCCAAUUUUCAGGGUUUGUUAAAUUUCCAAAGCUACGAACAUUGGUAACCCUAAACCCUGUCUCCAAUUAUUACUUGUGUUAAACCUUUUGCUUUUAAUUAUAUCCCGCUGGUUUCGAUUCCCCUCUCCUCCGCUGGUUACAAUUUCCCUUCCCCAUUAUUACUGUUAAUAUUUAUUGCGUGGUUAGUAAUCCUAGGGAGUGCAAGUCUUAAUUAAUUAGAAUCACCUAAUUACAAGAUAAUUUUCUGAAUUUAAUCACGUGAUUGUUACACCCACGCACGCUUUUGGGGUAACCUCUCUGUUGCCUUGUUGCCUGUUGCCUUGUGUUUUUUUGCAGAAUAAGCCAUGUCCCUCGAAUACAAGGAUACCUCAGCCAUGCUGCCUCGAUAAAUAAAGGUCAUACGACCCUAAUGAUGCUGCCUUCGAUACACUAUAUGACCUCGACCCUCGAAAGUUGCCUACGGAAAAGGCUGAGGUAUCCUCUGGUUGCCUACGAAUAAGGGUGUUCUGGUCCUUCCCUUAGACUACCUGCCUCCAUAUGGCAUGGGUCAGUCUUUGGCGAAUGAUAACGCGAUGACCCUUCAACCUCCAAAUGAAAGGCUUCCUGCCCUCUUAUGGCAUGGAUAGACCCUUUCACCUUGAAAGGCUAAAAGAAAUAUUUUCUACAUUAUUAAGGAAAUAUAUAAAGAGUAUGCACAAAAUCAGCGCAAGAAGCACUGACUCAGAAGGUUCAGCAUGCAACAUCAGAACAUGCUCUCGCAAGACAUCAGAAGAUGGUCAAGCAGAAUCAGAACAUGGUCUAUUGAAGCAUCAGAAGAACUUAAGAUCAGAAGCAGAAGCACUGAAGUUCUCAUGGUAUCACGCUUGAAUCACUUCAAAGUCAGAAGACAAGAAGAUGCUCUGCACCAAGCUGUUUGACUUUGAUAUAUUCAAACGUUGUAUCUACAAAGAUCAGAUUAGAAGCAAGUACAAGAUGGCAGGCUACGCUGACUAACAAAAGGAACGUUAGAAGCUAUUAAAGGCAAAGUCAGUUAAAGCAGGAAAAGCAAGGCUCGAGGUAGUUGACAAAAGAGUGAAACAUUAAAUGCAAUGCUGUACGGAUCACGCAACGCAUUAAAUGCUCCCAACGGUCAUCUUCUCAAAACGCCUAUAAAUAGAAGUUCUGAUGAGAAGCUGAACACAAUACUCUACACAAACAUACAGAAACGCUGUCAAAGUGAAAAGCUCUCAAAACUUCAUCUUCAACCUCACUUCAUUACUGUUGUAAUAUCUUAGUGAGAUUAAGCUUAAACUUAAGAGAAAUAUCACAGUUGUGAUUAUAGCUUAUUAAGAAGCAUUGUAAUACUCUUGUAAGAAUUUGUUUACAUUAAUUUGUAAAAGGUUCCUAGAGUGAUAAAGGUGUGAUCAGAAUACUCUAGAAGACUUAGAAGGUAUCUAAGUGGAAAACCAUUGUAAUCAAGGUUGAUUAGUGGAUUAAAUCCUCAGGUGAGGUAAAUCACUCUAAGGGGGUGGACUGGAGUAGUUUCGUUAACAAUGAACCAGGAUAAAAAUCGUUGUGCAAUUGUUUUUAUCUUAAGAGUUUUUAAAGUCACACUUAUUCAAACCCCCCCCCCUUUCUAAGUGUUUUUCUAUCCUUCAAUUGGCAUCAGAGCGUCGGUUCUAAGGUGCAAGCACUUAACCGUGUUUAGAAAAGAUUCAAGAAGAGAAAAACACUAAGUCAAGAUGGUUGAAACUCCACCACCUACAUCUAUAUCUGGCUCCGCUGAGCAACACAAUGGAAAUGGUAACAAUGGUUACACUAGACCACCAGUAUUCGUUGGUGAAAACUUUGAAUAUUGGAAAGAUAAACUUGAAAGUUACUUUCUUGGUUUAGAUGGUGACUUAUGGGAUCUUCUGGUGGAUGGUUACAAACAUCCAGUGAAAGCUAGAGGAGUUAAGCUGACAAGACAAGAAAUGAGUGAUGAUCAAAAGAAAGAAUUCAAAAAUCAUCACAAGUGUAGGACUGUUUUGCUGAAUGCUAUCUCUCAUGCUGAACAUGAGAAGAUAUCUAACAGGGAAACUGCCUAUGACAUAUAUGAAUCAUUGAAAAUGACUCAUGAAAGAAAUGCCCAAGUCAAGGAGACCAAAGCUCUUGCCUUGAUCCAGAAAUAUGAAGCCUUCAAGAUGGAGGAUGAUGAAAACAUUGAGAAAAUGUUCUCAAGAUUUCAAACGUUAACUGCUGGAUUAAGAGUUCUUGACAAGGGAUAUACUAAAGCUGAUCAUGUCAAGAAGAUCAUUAGAAGCUUGCCUAGAAGAUGGGGCCCAAUGGUGACUGCAUUCAAGAUAGCAAAGGAUCUGAAUGAAGUCUCUUUGGAAGAGCUGAUCAGUGCCCUGAGGAUUCAUGAAAUAGAGCUGGAUGCUAAUGAACCUCAGAAGAAAGGUAAGUCUAUUGCAUUAAAAUCUAAUUAUAAAAAAUGCACUAACGCUUUUCAGGCUGAAGAAGAAGAUUCUGAAGAAUCAGAAUCAGAAGAAGAAGAUGAACUGUCCAUGAUCUCCAGAAGGGUAAACCAACUCUGGAAGAGCAAGCACAGGAAGUUCAAGAACUUCAAAAGUUCUAAGAAGCUUGAAAAAAGAGAAUCUUCUGGAAGCAGAAGAUAUGACAAGAAGAAGCUCACUUGCUUCGAGUGCAAUGAGCCAGGUCACUACAAGAGUGAGUGUCUAAAGCUUCAGAAGGAGAAGCCCAAGAAGAAGUUUCAUAAGAAGAAAGGUCUUAUGGCUACUUGGGAUGAUUCAGAUUCAUCAGAAUCAGACUCUGAAGGCGAGCAGGCAAACAUUGCACUGAUGGCCACAGUUGAUGAUGGAUCAGAAUCUACAUCAGAAUCAGAUUCUGAAGAGGUAUUUUCUGAACUAUCUAGAGAAGAGUUAGUUUCCAGUUUAACAGAACUUCUGGAACUCAAGGCUCAUCUUAGUAUCAAAUACAAAAAGCUGAAAAAGAUAUUUGAUUCUGAAACUAAGAAGCUGGAAAUGGAAAAUUCUGAACUGAAGGAAAAUUUUUUAAAAUUAUCCAAAGAUAUUGGAUCUCCUUCUGACUCAGAAAAGUCCAUUCCUAGUCUGAACCAUAUUCUGAAAGAAUAUGACUUGAGCUUUAGAAAGUUCUUAUCUAGAAGUAUUGACAGAAGUCAUCUUGCUUAUAUGAUAUAUGCUGUUUCUGGAAACAAGAGAGUUGGCGUUGGUUAUGAGGGUGAUACCCCAUACAAACUUGAACCUGUUGAUGAUAUGAAAAUCACAUACAAGCCAUUGUAUGAUCAGUUCAAGUACGGCCACUCCCAUGUGUCGCUACCGCGAAAAUUAACAGAGUCGCCACUAAUAUAUUUACCCUGAAAAGGAAGGGAAUGCCAGCAAACCACAAAACAAAACAACGGUCUCACGACCAGAGAAAAAGGGUAAGGGAGUCAGUUACGCGAGGGGAAGGUGCUAGCACCCCUCGCGCCCAUCGUACUCGAUGGUAUCCACGCAUGUGUCUAAAUCUAUGGGUGUGUAACAAAUCUACGCUAAUGAAUGCAUAAUGUAGGGAAAAGAAAGGAUUGUGCUCGCACGGGCCCUACCCCGCUGCCUACGUAUCUGUUUUGCAGAAUCAGAGCUACCGUAGCUCGGCUAACUAAUUUCUGUUUGUUUUGUGUUUUUUAGGUGAACGAGUUACAUUCACACUCCGCUGCUCGACCUUUGGAGGCUUACGCUUGGGAAUGGAGCGGAAAUAACAAGCUCUUAAGAAAAGAAAAUCAAAGAGUGUGGUUUGUGUUUUAAAAGAUGCAUGAGGAAAACCUAAGCUAAGGGGGAAAGCUUGCUACCUAAUGUUAUCAUACAAAGGGUAUCAGUCUAAACUAAACUAAUCAACCUACGAGGGAAAAGGGAAGCAAACAAUGAGCACACAAACGAGCAUCCGCUCGUAAAGCAAACAAACCAACGGUACUGACCGAGUGGUAGAAAAGCGGUCCCGCCAUAGCCAAGGGGAGCAGCUCAACCCAAGUCAACCAAGCAUUAGACCUCGCGAAAAUGAUCGGGCCAUAGACAAGAGGGCGGACCCCUCUCAGCAACCAAGCCGUCACGGAUCGUAAAGGAAAACGGUGCGUGUGUACACCGAGCAUCAACGUCGAGCAACGCGAGCUAUAGGAAAGGCGGGGGUCCGGCUGCAUGAACCCUUUUCCUGACAUACUCGAUAACAAGAUCUUGUGCAGGUUCAAAAGCAAGCUACACGUGGCGUGCGCAUACUGAACAGACUCGAUGAGACUAGGCGGGGGUUGAUUGCUAACCCUUUCCGCAUGCUUUCCAUGAGGACUUAACGGAGUGCCAUAUAGGACUUAUUACACCGUGACUCCCUGCCGCAAAGCACAAAUGUAAACACACCAACAAAAACAGAGCCUCUUUCGAGGGCUUGGCCAGAUGCAUGUCUAGGUCCUACUUCUCAUGUUAAAGGAUGAUGCGAGAAAGCGAUAAAGUGCGAGAAAAGUAAAAUGAAACGGAAUCAAUACCAAACGGAUGAUGAUCCGUAAACCAAAGCGAAGAGAGCGAGUGAACUAGGAUCCCGCGAGCGAGCUAGCAAAAGCAACAGCAAACAUGUCAGCACUCCGAUUAAAAUCCGCAUAAGCAAUCAAGAGUCGGCGCGAUGAAAGUAAAUCACGCGCCAACGUGUGCAUCGGGCACAAAGAAUACCAUACACCUGCAAGGGAAACAGAAAUCCGGACAAGCAAGUAUAAUGAUAAAGGAUGCGUGUAGAAACGCGAAUCAGAGAGAGGAUAAAUGUCGUGUCCCGCAAAUAAAGCGGAACACGAGAGCGGGCAUCGACCAGAGCCUCCAUGUUGCCUUGCAUACUAGCACACACGUUAGAGAUAACAAGACACCGCAAUCGGAAUUGCGUUAUUGCAUUAUAAGCUGAACCGGAAAUGGAUAACGGAAUUGAAAGUGAAAACAUAACAAAAGCGAAUAAGAAGAAACAUGAGAUAGUAUUCAAAAGCAAAUCAAAUAUGUACACUAAAACUAUGGAAGCCAACACAAGUAUUUACAUGCACAACGGUACACCGAAACGGCAAAACCGGGUAAAAACAGUGAAAACUAAAAUUGUCAGAAUUAAGCCAAAAUUUUAUUGCAAGGUUAAAACGUGCUAAAGAAGUCAAAUAUGCAAUCAGAAAUUACAAAAUCGGCUCGGAAGCACGACUUUCAAGACGGGGCAGAAGCAAAAACGGUAAAAAAAGUCGGCCGAAACUGAAAAUAAAACUCACCAUCAGCUCUAAAAAUAUUAUUCCACUCAAGAAACAUUAUUCACAUGAUCAAAAACGAUAAGCGGUUCAAAAGAUAUGGUAUUUUGAAGUGAAACCGACACACCGCGUCUAUUUACAAAAUUGAGAAGAAACGGAAAAUUAGCAUAACAACUCAGCAACUUUCAGCACAUAUUAACCACAAAAAACAGUACAAAAUCUCAUCCAAAUAUUUAACAAUCAAGCACGAAUGAAAUCAAAACAAUUGAACUAAAAUCAACCAACACUUUUUUAUGCAUUUUGAAUAUUCAACAACAAGCAAACUCAAAAUAAUUUUCUGCAUUAUCGACUCAUUUAAAUUCCACAUUUCCCUAUGCUAAAUUAACAACUAAAUCAACAAGCAAACAACGAUCAAAGAACACAACAAUAGUCAAGACUUUUUCACACUUUCAUGAGUCAAUCAACCAAGGAAUACUACAAUAUCAAUUCAUAAAAAAAAACUGCAUUAGCAACCUAUCAUGUUAUCAAAUUUCUAGUCAUUUUCUUGUGCAAACAACCACUACAAAUAGCCAUUAAUUUCCAGCAAUUUUAUUCAUCAAUUAGAGGCUCAAAAUCAUGUUUAGAACAACAAUUAAGCACCUAUUUAUGAACCACACUAUUAUGAACCAUCAACCAAAAUUCUCAUGAGUUUUCUUGUAGCACAAACACAUUAAUGCUGUCCUUUAAAACAGAAUUCUGCACUAUCAUAUAAGUUCAAUCAAAACAGCCACAAUAUUGUCAUCAGCAAUUAAUCAAUUCGGCACAAGUGUUAGCAAUGAAUAAGUGUUAUCAUGUUUUGCAAUUCAUGAGGCACAAGCAUACACACUUUUAGAACAUGGAACACAACAAUGAGAAUGCUUCCAAACAGCAAGAAUGACUCCCAAUAUUUAGCCGAAAUCCACAUGGAAACUCAUUAUCUAAUGCCUAAACUCAAGCAUGGAUACACAAGAAAAGUCAAAUUCAAGCAUAUAGACACACAAUGAUUAUCAUGCCCAAAACUCAAACAAUGUGUAUUAUCAAUAUCAACUUAAUUAUCAACAACUCAUUUUCCUUUUAUGAACAAUCAAAAUUACUUAUCAUCAUGUAAAGUCUAGCACUAGUUAACAGCAACAAUUAGGCAACAAACACUAGAAAAAAACUGCACUAUUUUAUCAUUCAAACAACUUCAAGUAUUAACACAUUACAUGAGUUAUUUCCACAAUCAAGCUUCAAGUAAUAGCAAGAACAACAACAUUUAAUUUCCAGCUUUAUUCAACACCAACUAUGCUCAUGUUUUUCAUCCAAAACUAAAAGAAAAUCAAGCACUAAACAGAACCACAACAUUUAGUUUCAAUCGCAACUUUUAUGAGCUUUCUCCAAGCAAUUUCAAUUUAACCAAUAUCACAAAUGGAACCCUCAGCAUUUUGAUUAAUUCACAUCCAUCUUAACAACGAAAAUCAUCCUCACAUACUCAAAAAAUUCAUUCGUAAAUCAACAGCACCAUCACCUCAACUCAUCUCAGACAUUAAGCAACAUUAUCAUAGCAAUUCAACAACAAGGAAAACUCAACAUCAGCUUAAUUCAGUUUGACCCUUGCUCAAGAGCCAAUCAACAACAAACAUCUUCCAAAUCCAAGACCGAUAAGCAUACAAUAUCUAUGAGCUUCAACAAUCAUUACUACACACACUAACAACAACACCGACAUUAUGAAACAGCCACAAUGAGUAUGCAUUAAGAUGCAACAAUUCAAUUAUUCCAUACUAACUAUAUCAUCAUCGUCUACGCAUUGAUUCAAUUUCUCAACAAUUAGUAACCGUGCAACAAUUAUAGUUCAGGUAUUUGUUCAAACACCUAAUCUACUACAAUAUACACUUCAUGAGAAUUCAAGUAAUCAAACCAUUACAAUUAUCCAUUACAUCACAACCAGUAGAUGGAGAUUUGAAAAUUACCGAAAUCAGACGAUGAAGAAAAAACGAAGAAAAUUGCAACUGGAGAGGAAACACCGUGGCCGGAAUGUGAUCGGAAAGGACAAGUCUCGUGGCUGAACCACAGUCGAAAACGGAGUGGAGACGGGAAGAACAAAUCAACGACGAAGGGAGUGGAUUGGCCACGGAUUCGUAGCGACUCCGGUGAGAUGAAGGCGGAGGAUGACGGCCGGAGAAGAGAGUGUGAACUUCAAUCCAUUCUUGUUGUUGUGUUCUUCAGAAAAUUCAUGUGUUCGUGAGUGAAAUUCAAGAGAAAAUGAAAUUUGAUGCUAGAGAGUUGAGAGAGAAUUGAGAGAGCCUUUUUCUGAAUUUUUUGGGUGAGAUUGAAUUUAUGUGUUAUUGAAGAAUGUUAUGAACUUCAUAGUGUUCUUGAAUUUUUUGUUACAAUUUUUGGUGUUUUGAUUCUAGAAAGAAGGGAGGGAAAAUUGGAUUUUUGUUUGUGAGAUGAGAGAAAGAAAAUUGAGAAUAUUGGGUGAAUUGAAGUUAUGAGAGAAAAGGAGGGAAAAUUGUUUAUAUAGUGUAAGUGGUGAAAUGUCAAAAAUGCCCCCGACAUAUCUCUUUUUUGCUCGUUUUCGGAGAAAUGUGACUCGGUGCAAAAUCCAGAAACGGUACCAACGUCAUCUCGAAGAUGACUAAAUUUAUGACUCGUAGCCGCGAGAAUCGUCUCAAUCCGACAAACGGUGAGGAAAUUAUGCGCGUUUGAAUGACGAGAAAAGUCGGUUCAUCUGGUGCGACUGUGCAGAAUUCUGCGAGUACCGUUCAGAAAACGUGAUAAAACUCAAACUUCGGCUCGGAAUCUGACUUAGCACGUGUGACAAAGAAUCGAAGAUAACGAAAUUUCCGAGAAAAUGCCGCCGGAAUGGACUCCAUACGAUAAAAAUCGAAGAAGUUAUGAAUUUUCAAACUCGGCGCGACACACUCGAAAACACACUUUUUACCGAAAGAUUGCGACGUUCCUUAAAAUGCUGGGCACUUUUGGUGCAUAAUCGGCCGAUGGUCCGAACAUAUGAAAUCUUGGUAAUGAUGGCACGGAUCCCCAGUUAAAUUUUCAAUCGAAUCCGAAUGGCGGAUUAGGAGAUAUGAAUUUUUUAUUGUCUGAAAACCUGCGGUUCAGCACCAUUUUUCACUGU